AUGUCUUCCAUCGAUUUUGACCCUGCGAUUAAGCUAUGCUUGAAAUAUUUACACUCAAGUGCUAUAGAUUCAACUGAACAACUUCGUUUAACUCUGGAUGAACAUAUCCGUCAGACAUAUGGAAACGCUAAAACUCUUGGUAAUGUGUUGCCGAAGAAGUAUUUGAAUGAAGAAAAACUAGAAUCUCCAAGGUCUAAACACAAGGGUGAAAAGUCUGUGAAAACCGUACCUUUGGCGCAACAGAGUCCUCAGCAAAUACAAAUUCCAGAACGAGAAAAUGACGAUGGAUCCGUUAUGGAUGGAGAAUUAUCACUAGAUUUGUUAGAGGAGGAUUUAACGUGUACCGUUUGCAGACAAAUUUCGGUGCAAGCUGGCAAUCGUUUGGUAGAAUGUGAUGUUUGUUGUGCUUUGUAUCAUCAGGAUUGCCACAAACCUGUGAUCAGUGACAGUGAUGUAACAACUGGUUGGCAGUGUGCUACAUGCACCUCAUCUAAAAUUGCUGCUGGCUACACUAAGACAACUAUAGUUAAGUCACCGUCACACGUAUCGGGGUCCACAACACCAGUCAAGAUUUCUUCCAGUAGCUCUUCUUCCUCAUCACCUUCAAAGGUUGUUACUCCAAAUAUUAAUAUCAUCUCAGCUGACAAGAGGCUGCAAAUAAUGAAAAAGAAAGCAGCUAAACAGCAUGAAAAGAAGAAAAGCUCAAAGUGA